AUCAUCCCUUCUCCCCUUAAACCAUCUGCUGCUUUGGGGAUCGAAAUCCAGGAUAUCACCGAGGUGAUGGAGGCGAUUGAAGCCGAUUUUGUUCCUGGUUCGGAUGUCCCUGAGGUAGCUGGGGAGAAGAAGGAGUCUGCUGAUCUUCCCUUCGAGAGGGAGAAGAGUCCAGACAAGGAGAUGAUAGAUCUCUCGGGCCCCGAAGCUGCGGUCCCCGAGGUUCAGAAGGAGGUUCCCUCUGCUGGAGAGGAGGAGCAGCCCGAGCAAGGUUUGACGAGGAAGAGGCGCCACUCAACUUUGGGUUCUACUUCUACCUCGGCCCUGGAUAGGCUGAUCCAUGCUGAUCCCUGUUCGGAUGUUCCGCUAAAACGGAUCCCCGAAGAAGUAAGGGAGGCGAUGGCUCGAUAUGCCAGGGCUCCGAUUUUGGGAGAGGACCCCUUGGCUCACGUGGGAUCCUUGGUGGGCCCCGAGGCUGCUCGGGAGAAUCUGCUUCGUGCUAACCCGCAGUGGAGGGUUCCUGGGGCCGAAGAGAGGAAUCCGGCUAUGAUGGCCCAGUACUAUCUGAACGAGGCUGUUUUCUGGUCUUCGUUCGCUUCCGAGUGUAGCUCGGUUGAGGAGAAACAACUGAGGAAAUAUCGUGAGGCUUAUGCUCGUGAUAUUCCCAUUUUGGACCAGAAGGCUGGGCAACUCCUCUCCGAGCUUACGGAACUCAAGCAGCUGUACCUUCACUAUAGUCGCGAGGCUAGAGAGUCUGCUGAGAAGAUCGGGACCGAGGUUGGCCAGCUCAUCUUCCGAGUUGAAGAGGAUGCUGAGAAGAUCGCUUCCUUUGCUGAGGAAAAGAAGGAUAUGGCCGCUAAGUUCGCUAGCGAACUUGAGGAAAAAGAUAGACUCUUCCAGGAGAUGAAGUCUAAAUUUGAAGCGGCCGACAAGGAGCAUAAAGAGGUGGAGUUAAGGCUCCACCAUUUUGUCCAGCAUCGGGAGCUGAUCCAGCAGCAAGCUGAUAAGGUGCCUGUCCUUCGGCUGAAGCUUCGGGAAAAGGAUGACUAUGUUCGGAAGCUGGAGCAGGAGCGAGUCAACCUCUACACUGCUGAUCAGUGUCUUUAG